CGUGGAGCGACGCGCGAUUCCCCUGCGUUCAAACGUGCAUCGUACGUGACGGAGGGUAGAGCAGCACCGCGCAAUUGGCGGCGUGCCGGCCAAGCCGAAUCAGCAGAGGUUGAAUUCUCGUACGAUAUCGCGGUCUCAUGACUUCUCGCGCGUUGACGAACGGUCAAGGAACGUGUCCGAUCGAAUGGCGACGGUGAGAUAAGACACACCGCUGUCGGUCGUGUUCGCGCCGGAAUUGGUGAUAGGCACGCGUGCGAUGCGCUACACCGCUGUCAUUAUCACGUGAGGACGAAAGAACCGUUCAGCCGGCCUUUUAAACACGACCGGUGUAUACAGAUUCCUCUUCUAUUCGUAAACAUUUACCGCGUAAGAUCGAAGCUCGCAAACCGUAGUAGUAUUCGGAUAUCGCAAUGUCAAACAUGGUUAUAUGAGAGAUUUCUUCGGGAAAAGUAACAAAACUGCAUAUGAUAUCUCGGUUAUCGAUCUCAAAAUUGUCAAAGAGCGGAGUGAGAAGAGCAGGAAGAAGGAUACUGUGUGAAGCUCAUCAGUGGAAUCAUAGAGAAGCGGAGGAAACGUUUGUAGACAUUUCGUCGCACCUGCGGAGUUUGUCGUUACUGCGAGAAAUCGGUCUAAAUGUGUUCCAUAGCGAUGCCGGCCGAAUUGAUCCUGGGGCACAGCCCUCCAGUAUAUAGCUCCCUGAUAUAUAGCCCUUUAGUGGUGACGGCACCUUCGAUCACCAGCAGAUCGGUACCGCCCAGGAUCAGAUCAUGUCUCUCCUCGGGAGCUUUGUCCCUGGACGCGCUACGAAACAGCAAUGAUGGUAACGGCAAGCAAAAAAAACGGGUGGUGUUCGCCGACGAUCGUGGCCGCCCACUCACACAGGUUCGCGUGAUGUCGGAGCCGAGCAACGUGCCACCACUAUGGAGUACGGCUUACGUGGCCGGUCUAACCGGAGGUUUGUUCCUUGGUAUGUCGAAAAAUCAGGAUCAAAACGCAACACAGGAUACCACGCCGCCGUGGCAGCUAACCUUCCCGCAACCAGCGAGCGACUACCUUGCCUUCCGGCGUAAACUCGAUCAAAACAACGUUAGCUUAGAGAACGUGAUUGUGCGCGAAUCCGAGCAGUGCUUGGUAGGCACGGUAAAGGUCCGGAAUCUGGCCUACGACAAGGAAGUCGUAGUAAGAGUUAGUAGCGAUCGCUGGUCCACUCACGAGGACGUGCACUGUAUAUACAUAGAACAGCCCGGGUCGCCGAGUGCUCUCACCCUUUACGAUACCUUCCGUUUCCGGUUCACUUUGCCAGUAGCGUCGAAUAUCAUCGAAUUCUGCGUGCGAUAUCGCACUGACGGCAAGGAAUUGUGGGACAAUAACGAAGGCAACAACUAUCUGAUCCGAAAAAAACAAGAGCCUCAAGUAUCGGCCAAACGGCAGGACAACAAUCAGACGACGACAUGCAACGGGUUCUCGAGCAAAAACGGAACGAAGGACAGCAAUAUACCGCGCAUCACGGAAGCUACCAGGCUAAACAUGCGUACCUGGAGCGAGUUCGCAUCCUGGCAACACCUGACCAACGACGCGCCAUACUGGUGAAUUCACCGGCAAGAAGAGGCCGUGCCCGCUCGUGUUAUUACGAAUUAUGUACCAAGUUGUACGAACUCUUCCAGUUUCUUCUCCGGCAAAUUCGCCAAGACGUAGAUCACGCGGGACCAUGAGCUAGGUAUCUCGUGACACGCGAAUCACCAGGAACGAGGGAACGGAGAAGUGAGCGCGAAGUGCGAGAGGAGAAAAGCUGCGACGAUCCGAAUUAAGAACGAGGAAACAAGAGCGCGUGCGGGAGAAAAACGAUCAGAGAAUGAUAGCGAGCAGCAGUGCGGACGACGCCGAGUACGGAUAACGUAAUCUGCACGAUUUCAACAUAUACGGCAUCGUAUGACCAGAUCACCGAGGUCAUCCAGCGUCCACCUCUAGCCUUACGCCAGCAUCCAUCGGCGCAGAUGUAUUGUCGCACGUUAUCUUCUCAAACGUCUUUUUCUUCCUCCUCUAUUUCCUCAUUCCUGGGAUUUUCUUUCGACCCGCUUUCAGAUCCGAGAAAAUCUGUCGGAACUAAGCUUCUACCCUCGUGUCGAUCAAAUCUCGUCGAUCUCGUGUGUCAUAUUGGCAAAUAUUAUAGUUUUAUAAACUUACUUUAUUUUCUUCCUUUGUAUGCUUUUCUCUUGUUCCCUUGUUCUCUUCUUC